ACCAGCUGUCAAAAUGGCGAUCAAGAAUAGGCCCUCAAUACAAUUUCGGAGAAUAUUCUCUCUUACUUUCCUAGCGCUAGGUAUAUACUAUUUCUAACUACAUGUGAAUGGAAUUCAUGCACGAUUUUGUGAGCGUGAUCUUGAUUUUUUCUUUCUUUCAGUCGUUUUGUUCUGUAGGUGCAAUGCGUUCGUCAAAGAGCUUGACGACAGGUUAGGAGAAGAUUCAAUUUGUGGUUUAUUUUCUUGUUCUUAUUUUAAACGUUAUGGUACUUUUAUUGUUUUUAACAUUCUUAAGUACUUACCAUGGGGCGCGGGAUACAGAAAAUGAAAGAAAAGAGGAAAAUUAACAAAAGGACGACCUCGAACGACGGGAAACGGACAAUUGAUUGGAGACGUCACUUCUUGGAAAUCAUAUUGCUCCCUAUUCUCUUUGUCAUAUGAAUUAAUGGGUUUUGACUUUGCGUUGUAAAUGCAGUAACACUCGAAAAAGGGGAAAGGGGAAACCUUUCUAAUGAAUCUUGUGAUCAACAAAUCAAGCCCGGCCAAUAAUUUUCAAUUGCUUAAGAGUUAACAAGAGGAGUAAAAUUGUAAGGUAACGUGAAUCAGUUUAGGUGGCUAGUUAGAAAGCCCAUACUGCAAGAGUUUAACCCAUUUUCAGUAGCAUGGAAUAACUGUGUAUUUUUUCAUCCCAUUGGAUGGGACAACAGUGAAUAUUUGGGUUAGCCCCAGGGUUUUGUCAUUUUUAUAACCAGGUAAUUUAGUAUUUAUUUAUCAACUGAGUUGAUAAUGUAAAUUGGCCACCAUAAAGAGUUUCAAAGCUGACUUUGUGAGCAUUAGCCCUUCACUAUUCACUCUUACUAAGGCUCAAUACAUCAGCUUUAAAACUCUUUUCAGUGGCCAAUUUACAUUAUCAACUCAGUUGAUAAUACAAAAUUACUCUCCCACUGAUGCAAUACUGCAGUUUCUUUAGAAAAUUACCUCCUUUAUUCUUUUGUCAUGUUUCCUUGGCUGUUUGCUGUUACGCAUGUAUACUCUUGGGCCGAGAGCUAGAGAGGUUUGGUGCAAGCAAAGUUUCUUGCUAAAGAACACAACUAGGGACUUGCACUGGAGGUUUUAAUUAGAAUUGUGGGCUACUGACCACCAUUCUACUAAACCACCAGUUCUUCCAAAUAAAGGUGUACUACCAUCCUUUUAGUCUGAAUUAAAAGUAAUCUGUGAUAUUCUUUCUCUCUCACAGUUUUUCAUCUCUGAUGAAUGAGGGUAGCUGGUUAGUUGAGGUAUGGUCUCAAUUAUUUUUUUUAAACCCUUUAACUCCCAAGAUCUCAUCAGUAAUUCUCCUUACUGUCUGCUAUACAAUUCUUCUAAUGUUACUUUUGAUAAUUUGGUGUUGGAUCAACUAAUAAUCCCCUAAUUGAUACUUCUCUCAGUUCUCGUCACUUGUCUUCUUGAUUUUGUAUUGAUAUUGUAAGGACUAAGACACUCGUGGGAGUUUCAGGGUUAAUGAAUUUGUUAUCCACAUGUAAAGGACAACAAAGGAGGCAAUUUCCCACAUGUCUUCCCUCAUAUACUGGUAAUAUGGCCACAAACUUCCUGGUUAAAUCAAGACCACUUUUGUCUAAUACCUUAGUUAGAGGCCUCUUCCAGUGUCUUGUUAUCAGCAAAGUGGACCAAAAAACGCAGUACCUCAGUCUUUCCUUUAAUGAUUCAUGUCUGUUAAGCUCUUGGAAAUGUCUUUUAGUUCUAUGCCCCAUGGUGUGGUUACUGCAAGAAACUAGAGCCAAUAUGGGCUGAAGUAGGGAAAACUCUCUAUGGAUCACCUAUUAGAGUUGGAAAAUUAGAUGCUACUAGAUACUCAGGUAAAGAUAUUUGCAAUGAAAACUUUCUUUUAUUGCCAUGGCUCUUUAAGGGUCAAAUGUAGUUGUGCCUUUUUAUGAUUCCACUCAUUCAUUAGAAGGGGCAAUUACUAAAAGGAAAACAAAAUCUUUGGGUGUUGGGGUUAAGUCUGGCCUCUGCAUUCACUCAGUUUUUGAGGAAAAUUAAAUUUGAUUUGUACAAUUAAUUAUUUUCAAAUACUUGGUUAUAUUAUCAUGUGAUAAGAAUAGAUUAGAGUAGAUAGCUUGAUGUUCUUUACAAUUUCUCGUUCGGAUUUCACUAUUUAAGAAAUUAUCUCUAUUCUGAUUUUGUUUAUUAGCACUAGCAAAACACUUCGGUAUCAGAGGAUUUCCUUCAAUUAAAUUGUGAGUAGCAUCAGCAAACUAUUAAUAACACUAACUCAAAAACUACAUUUUACAUGCUACAUGGAAAUAAAUUCAGGACAAAAUUUUUUGUUUUAAACUUCAAUCAUGGACAAGAUGUUUUAGAUAAUUACACAAAUUGAAAUUUGAAUUUGCCUUAUAUAAAUAAGUAAAUAUAUAUAUGUAUAUGUAUAUUUAAAAAAACCAAGAGAGACUCAUUAGAUAAAGGCAUGACCUUCAGCGAUGAACCCUUUCUCUUCUACACUUCUUAAAAUAUCAAAGGACUUCUGUUCUUGGAAAAAUAAAAAAAAGUCUGAAAAUUAUAAUCCCUUUAUUUAACCCUUACUCCUUUGGAUGGGAUUUUUGAAGCUGAUUUGUAGAUUAUGGUCAUACCUUGCUAGAUUGUACAGCUAUCUUAUUUCUAAGGAACAAUCCUAAGUAUUUUCAAUUUAUCAAUAGGUUACUAACUUGUUGUUCUACAAUUUUUUGCUUGUGGUAUAACAGUAUUAAAGGAAAGAGAGUUUUAACAUUUGAAGGUGAACGCACAGUCCAGGAUUUUGUCCAAUUUGCAGAGAAGGCAAACAGGUGAGAUAUGUUUGCUUCCCUGUCCUUGUGCUUCUAAUUCUUUUACUCCCAGAAGUGAUCAAUGCGAAAUUUCUCCCUGUAACAUGCUUAUAUUCUCCAGCAAACAGGUAAUGAGAAUACGCAGACUUAUCAGGUGCAAGUUGCUAUCUUGAUCCAACAUCAAAUUCUCAUAACUAAUUUAAAAGAGAAUGGGUAGCACCUAGAAGGGAGAAUUAAAAUCAGAUCUUGUGAGUUAUAGGACUAAUGCAAAAUGUUUGUGUGUUAGUCCAUCCAGUGACCCACUCAAAGUUGAUGUAAAUCAGAGAGGAUUUAUUCUCAUGAAAAAAGAGUAUUAGGUGUUCUGGUGUUGAAUCCUUUUGCUGUUGGUAAUCUAAAGUUAAUCUGUCAUGGUAGGAUGAUCCAGGGCUUAUCAGAAACUAGAGAACCUUAAAGGCAAAAAAAAAAAAAUAUAAAAACUGAGGUGAUAUGUUAAAGCCGUUGGAACUGAAAAGUCAAGCAGGUAGCAAAAAAGUAAAAGUUAUGUUUGUUUGAUUUAAAAAACAAGAGAACCAAAUAUCAAAAAUGGAACAAACAAAUUAAAAGUAGAUACAAACACCAAUUAAACAGAUAAUUACUUGGAGUGCAAUACCUAAAAAAACUAUUCUUGUCAAUAAUGACCAAAUUGACGAGUGACAAUGAAAAUAAUUAAAUGUCUUGUUUGUCAAGGGCUUGUAAACUAAUGCAAGAAAGAGCUGACUGUGUCCCUUAAGAUCAGAGGAAUUUCAUGCAGUGAAUCUUACAGUUCAAUUUUUGUUGUUAAUAUGUGUUUGUGUUUAUCUUAUUUAUAUUUUUCAACUAUGAUUACCCUUCAGACCAGCGGUUACUGAGCUCAAGGAUGCAGCCCAAAUGGAGAGAAUAAGAAAUGAGAAAAGUGUCUGUUUUUUCCUAGUAACAAGCAAUGACAAUGCACAGUUGUCAGAAAAACUUAAAGUAAGUUGUUCUUAAUGGCAGAUCUGUUCUUAAGAUUUUGUUUUGAAUCAUAACCUGAGAAUGAGAUUUGAGACCAAAAUUAUUCACUGUGAAUAACACAAGUCAUGGACCCUGCAUGAUCAAUUUUAAGUUAAUUGUAGCUUGAAACACAACAACAACAACAUCAACAAGAAGCUCCAAGAAGGAGUUUAGAUGAAAAUUCUAAUUAAGAGUUUUGUAAUAAAUUUUAAGUGUCACAUACUGGUAUAGUACAAUAUUGGACAGUUGGUUAUUUUGUACUGUAAAAAAAAACCUAUUAAACUGGUCAGCUGCACUCACUACACGUAUCUAUCUUCUUUGCUUUUCUCGCUUAAUAAGAAAUGUACAUAAAAUGAGGUAGUUUGAUAAUAUUUAACUUAUUAGAUGUUAUAGUGUGUUGUAUUGCCAAUUAUUUUAAACCAUUGUUUGCAUUUUGACUUGAGCUUCAAGCUUGUCAAUAUACAGCAGAACUUGUAAGAUACUCAGUGAUACCACACACUAGAACAUCUAAUAAGAUAUUUUUACUUAAUUAUAUCUAAUUAUGGACUUAUUUUUUUUCUCAGGAUAUUUUUUAUCAAGUUGCUGAAGAUAAGGUUAUUCAAAGCUAUUUUUAUCAAAUUGAUCAGGGAGCUUUACCAGAGGUGAGAAUCUAUAUAUAAAUCAAAUGAAGGAAAAAAUUAUGGUAAUAGUGUAAUUAGUAUUAGUGCUUUAGAUAUAACAUCUUAUAAUCAGGUGUGAUUUCAUUUGCAAGCAUUACCUACAGUUAUGCUUAUUACAUAAUACCUUAAUUGAUGUGUUACCAGCCACUACAGAACAGGGCUGCCUCUUAAAUGUGAAUUAUAAAAUGAUGAUAUUAUUGCCCCAUUGAAUCUUGUUCAGUUAAUCUACUUUUGUUCUCUGACAAGGAUGUUGAGGUAAAGGGGCCAACUGUCAUUGUUUCAAAAGAUGGUUCCAUAUCCAUGCUUGAAGGUAUGCAAUAACAUUGGAAAAUUAAUUUAUGACUGGUAAUGAGUCUUUAUAUAUCAUGAUGAUUAGAUAAAUUCUCUACAUUAUAUUAGCCAUCAUGAUGUUAGAUGUAUUUCUUUUUCCAUAUUUAGCUUACUUCUACAAUGAGUGGCUAUUAAUCCUUUAACUCCCAUGAGUGACCAAGACAAAAUUACUCCUUUAAUAAAAUAUUAAUACAAUAUCAAGCAGACAAGUGACGAGAAUAAAGAAAAAUCUUAAUUAGGGGAUUAUUAGUUGAUCCAUUACCAAAUCCUCCCAACUAGCAUCACAAGAAUUAUAUAUCAGACAGCAAGGAGCACUACUAAUGAGAUCUAGGAAGUUAAAGGCUUAAGUCUUGGCACAUGCCACUACUCGUUUGAUUUUUGCUGUAACUUCCAUUUAUUCCCCCCUCACCCCCAUUCCAAGGUUGCCUUAUGUAAACAAAAUGCUCUCUAAUUUCAGGUAGCAUUGUUUGGGGUAAAAGAGGGAACUUUAAAGUAACUUAGUUAAGAUGAAUCACAAGAUUUCUGUUUAUUAUGUUAAGUAGAGGGUUUAUUGACCACAUAGUAAGGGAGGCCUGUCAACUACUUCUGCCACUCAAUGUAGAUUUUUGGUGUCUUUUAGCCAUUUGUCAAUGAUGUAAAUUGCAUAAAAUAUUGAACUUAGCAAAUAACAACAGAUACUAAAUAUGGAAAAAGUUGAGCUAUGUAUGAUGAGUAACCAUUGCUGACAUACAGAACUUUUAAAAUUAACAGGUAAGCUCUCCCUAUAAUACCCAUACAUUAUUCAGCAAGCAGGUAAUGAGAAUACUCAAAAUUAUUAGGUAGAAGUUGCCAUCUUGAUCUAACACCAAAUUCUUGUUACCAAUUUACAAGGAAAUGUGUAGCAGCUAGUGGGGAGAACUCACAAUCAAAUCUUGGGAGUUAAAGGGAUAAAGGAUAUUUCCUUGUCCUUUAUGCUGAAAGAAAUAAUUUUGUUGACUGAUUUAUUUUAAUUUGAUUCAAGGUUCAGACGAAGUAAUUGAAGAGAGUGUGUUAUCUGGAUGGGUAAAUAAUGAAAGAUUUGAAGCAUUCGUUCAUGUCACCAGAUCAAAUUUUCAUGAUAUCACCACAACUGGUAAAUGACACACAAUUGAUUCUAUUUUACACAAUUCCACACUGAUUCAAUUUACUGACUGUCAAGUUUGUUAUGAAUAUAUUGUAAUUCAAAUAUUUUCUUGGGUUAAAAAUUCUAAAGCAGCAGUUUGAUUUUCAUUUUCUUUGGAAUAUUAUGAUUAUUACAAGUCAAAAUAAAAUGCAAAAAUGUAACUGGUUUGAAAAUCUAAAGUGCAAGGAAAAAAAAUAAUCACUGACAAUGAUUAAGUCCCUUUUAAGAAUAAAUCAAUCAAUUCAAGAGCCUCAGGUUUGAUUUUCUUUUUAUAACUUAAUGCUCUUUUAGGUAAAAUAAUGCUGUUAACUGUACUGGCAGAACAGAAGAGUAAAAAGAAAAUAAAUGAAAGGUAUUUGAAAAUUCUACUCUAUAUCAUGAUGAUCUCAUUGGAGAUUUCUUGUCGCAAAAUUGUUGGUAUGAAUCAAUCUACUAUUUGAACAUUUUUUUAUUUUGACUCAUUUUUGGCUGGGAAUCCUAGUAGAGGGCCACACUGCUAACAUCUUUAAGUUAAUAACAGCAAUUUUGAGUGUAGCGCUUUUCAAAUUUGCAAAGAAAUUCUGAAGGUAUCUCAUUGAUUUCUUGGCUAAGAUAAAGUGCAACCUCAUCGUUAUUAUGUGAUGAUGAUGAGGUGGCAUUUAUACAGGGCAUUAUCCAUUCUAAUGUUCCAAUGUGCUUUACAACACUUUGUGGGGGACUUUGGCCAGACUGCAUUAUGCAGUUUACAAUUUUUUGAGAGAGAAUUUUGUUGCAGUCCCCAAUUUUGGAAAUAUUGCCAGACCAUAAGACAAGGAGCUACAUUCCUUACUCUUUGUGAGAAGUGUUUGGGCUCUCUAAUGUCCCCUGCUCACUAGCACAGAGAAGAUGCAGGAGAUAGGGCCUGAGGUUUAUUGUCCUUAUCCAAGAUGACAAGAAUGUCGAACCAUUUUCAGAUCUCAUAGCAAAGGUAGCAAACCCUCUUCAGUUAUUGGAAGAUGCUGAGUAUUGGUCUGGUCCGAACUUGAACCUUUAACCUCCCACAGGGCAGUCUAGUGCUCUAAAACCUGAGCUAACCAGGCAGUGGCAACUGAUGACAUGUAGAAUAAUUAGAAUGAGACAUUUUUUUCAUUGUUUACAUCCUGAGUUAUUUGUUGGGAAAUUUAGUGUUAUCAACUGAGUUGAAAAUGUAAAUUGGUCACCAUAAAGAGUUUUAAGGCUGACAUUUUGAGCGUUAGCCCUUUGUUAGAAUGUAGGGAAUAUUCCUUGCCAUUUAAUUCAGUAUCACUCUGUGUAGUCUCUAACAGGAGAUGAAGACUUAUUUUCAAAAGUACAUGUGGAAUAUAUAAUGUUGUUUUUUUAAUUGUAUCAGGGUCAGCAAAAUUGUCAAAAGUGUGGCCAUAAAUGAACGGCAAAGAUUUCACAGGCAAGUACAACAUUCUGCAGCUUCAUGCAGAUCAAUAUCAGUAUCUGGGCAACUGCCCACCUACCCCUCCUCUAACCCAACAUUAACCCUAACUUGUUAUCAAUUGACUAUUGUUGAGUUAGGGGAGGGGUAGGUGGGCAGUUGUACAGAUACUGAUAUUGAUCCCUUCAUUCUUUAUAUGACUGAACAAGGAGGAUUUUUCUACCCUUAGACUCACUGAUCUACUCUGCUAGAGCCUUUUUCAAUUCCUUUAGGUCAGGUAUAAAUAGGAGUUUUGCUACUCUUGUUGGAUGUAACACAGAUUUGAUGUGCACUGUAGAUUACCCCCCAGCAUCAAGGUUUGCUUAGAGUUCACCAGUAACUGUGCCUUAAGACUGUUGAGGCCAAAAAUAUGUGUGGGAUCACAUGUUUAGAUGUAGAGAAGAUGCAUAGGAGUAAAUUCUGAAAUGACCUUGUUGUUGCCCAAUAUACCUUUUCUAGUCCCAUACCAUAUCUCUCUCAAAUAAUGUAACGUGGAAAAAGUUUAUCUAAAAAUCAAACAUUUAACAGUUGCCAACAGACAAGAAGAAGUCAUAAAAUUAGGUAAAACUUUCUAUAAUGGUUAGACUGGCUUGUUAUAACUUUCUUUUCAGGCAUUUUCAGUUUGGAUGGAUGUUGGGGGAUACUAUUGCAACAAACCUCAUGAUGAGGUACUAGUAAAAAGAUUUUAAAUGACUUUUUUCACUAAUAUUUUUUUAGUAUUCAGAAAUUAUUGCUAUUGAGGCAGUAAACUUCAAAGAAGUUCUUGGGUUACUGCAUUAAUGCAGUAAGCCAGUUGCAACCUUUACAAGCAUUCAACAGUCAGAGUAAACUGCUGGUCAAUAAGAGAGCACACUUUUACACAAUUCCAAAAAAAAAAAAAAGAGGAAAGAAAAAAGAAAAAUGUAGACAUCAAGGCAAAGAAAAGGACAAAUUGUGAAUCAAUAACUUGAACUUAAAACUGAUGACAUUCUUCGUGUGAAAAUGAAUUUACAAUAUUAUAUGUACUGUUGCAACAUAUAAUCAGACUCUAUGGGUAGAAAAAUAACAACUUUUGCAUUAGGUUUAUGAUAAAAAUUAAAGAAUGGAUUUAGCACUGGACAUUCCACAAGAUGGCUCGCCUUGUCCAUUGCUUCCAGAUCAAAUUGGAAUUUAGAAUGUUGGUUUUUGUUGAGGGAGGAAAAUGGAAGGACCCAGAGAGAAACUUGUGGAGUAAGGACGAGGACCAACAACAAACUCAACCCUUGUGUGACACCAGGUCUGGGAGUCAAACCCAGGGCACAGCAGUGGGAGGCGAGCACUCCCACUACUGCACCAUCCCUGCUCCAUCCCCACUUCCUUUUAAUUAACUGAGUACUUUAUUAUUAUUAUUAUUAUUAUUAAUAUCAUUAUUAUUAUUAUCAUUGCAAUUAUUAUAUUAAUAAUAAGUUCUUUUCUUUUCAUUCUCAGCUCAAUGUCAGCCCCAUUCUUAAUGGCAUAUAACAGUACAAAUCAUGUGUAUUACUUAAAGCAGUAUUCAGAGAUUAAAGAGGAAUUUACUGAACAGCAGUUGGUAUCUUUCCUUGAAGAUGUGUUGGAGGGUCGUGCAAAGGUAUCUCUAUAGUGUUUCCUACUGAAUGUAGUUUAUCUCUGAACUCUGGUUGCAGUCAUGCCGUCAUUUUAUGAAUUAACCGAUUAAACUUGUUUUUCAUUUUGCAGGGAUACGGUGGAGACUCGUACUUUCAAAGAUUCUAUAGGGUAAGACACUGCUGUAAAAUUACUAAACACCUUGUUUUUUAAAUGUUGAGGCUGAGAUGAACCAAAAUUGUAGGUGCAUAUUUUUAGUUAACAGCAUUUUUGUCAAAUAGUUAGUUUCAGAGGAACGUUGAGGUUGAGGUAUUACCAAAUUUAAAGCGCAUGCUUGGAACAUACCUCAGAGUGAGAAGAAUCGUUAAGAACAUCUGCACUUUUUGUCGCAUUGUGACUCUGUGUUUGAAGCGUUUUUUAAAGCCAAUUUAGCAAGGAAAUUAGGGCACAUCGCUCAAGGAUUUGACAAGUAUCUUGUCAUUACAUCAGGGUAAUAAGCCAUCUUCAUCAAAGUCCUUUGUCUCGUCUACAUGUUUUACUUGGGUACCCUGUGGUUAAACUUCAGGAUCAUUUUUCUUUUGAAAGCGAGUGUAGUUGGAAAUGUACGAUGAGAUGCGGCGUGUUUUCCCUUAAAAUUGGGCAUCAUCAGCAUAAAUAUCGCGAUAGUUUCACGUUUUAUAGUAUAACUAUUAGUAUUCAUUGGUUUAAUCUCUUUCAACAGGGGAUUUGGGAACUUAUCAGAUCGAUUUACGUAAGUAUUGAAAAUCUUUCAUAUUAAGAGGGUCUCAAUGGGGUCCACCGUCCGCCGUAAAACGGCCGAAAUUUCAACCGUUAGUCAAAAAGUCAUCACCCCGUCGGGACCCUCAAUUAACAUUUAUGUUCUGUUUGCUCUUGUUCAUGAGAAAUUUAUUUAUUUUUUAUGUAUCAUGUGCAACACACACACAGUAGUAUUUUCUCCCUCAUAAAGCAGUGCUACAUGCACUUUGUCCACAAAAGUACAUUAACAAUUUUUCCAUUGUCCCAGUUUCCUUCAUUUUGGUUAUCGCUCUUGGAAGGAAAGAGAAACGAUGUUACUUAUUCAUCAAGUCUAAACUGUAUUUUUGAUGAACACAGGAAAUCUGGACCACCCAACCCAUUGCUGCUAUACUCAUGUUUGGCUUCCCUCUGCUGGUGUUCUCAUUUCUAAUCUAUAUGCUGUGUAUCGCUGACCCUGGACCUGAAGAGGAAGAUUUGGAAGAGCUUCAAGAUGAAGGCGCCGAGUAUUUAGAUGAUGGAGAUGGAGUAAGAGAACUGGAAGCAGCUGAGGAGGAAGUUGAUGCAAACCCAAAACCGAAGACAGAAUGAUCGAUAUUAUCCGGAAACAUAAGCAUUGUAAGUUCGGUUCAGUUGCGGCAGCUUCUACCGUGCCAGAAUCGCAAUGACAGCAAGUACUCUACAUGAGAUGUUCAGGUUUUUCUGAAGAACAAGUCAGACUGGUUCCCCUUAACCUGCAUAGGUAGCGAUAUUUUUAGCGAUUGAUGAAAAUAAAGACAGCGGAGCUGCAACUUCGAAAAGUAAAACUAUGUUCCUUCCUCAGCCUCUCGCGGCUCUGUAUUCAUGGCUUCGAGGUGCACAAGAAAACCCUCAUCUACGCAGUCGAGGUCCUUGCUCAGCUGCUUAGAGUCCAUUUCAAUCGAUAUUGGUAAAUCCUAUACCAAUGUUAUCACUACGGCCAAUGAGUGGGAAGGGGAAUGUAACAUGAAACACGAAGCCAAUAAAGGGGGGGGGGUGUUAAUGAGAACUCAAAUUAAAACUAAGCAAGCUGCCAAAGGUUACGGAAAACGCGAGUGACUAAGUCGCACUUAAGGUCCAUUGCUUUUGGUUAUGCAAGUUUUCUCGACCAACUACAAGCAAAGUGAAUCAAAACCAAUGUGAAUGCAAUUCCUGAUUACCUUGAAGACUCCAUUGAAAGUCCUCAAGUAAUGAUGCGUCCUCCACGCCUAUGCGUUCCCCUCCCCUCCCCCCCCCUCCAGCCUUUCGUGUGCAGACUGUAAGCGCUAAGGGGGUCCACUAAGUUCAGCUACAAGCACAAGAAGCAUCGCCAAAUCUCAGUUGACAGUAUGGUAAAGGAACGAAUGCGUCUCAGUCCGAAAGAGUCAGGUUACGCUUAUUUGGCCGAAUUUCACAUUUCACCGAUGACUGACAGGACUGUUUUGUACGCAAACUAAAGCUUUCAGAAAAUAACUAAUUAACUUUUCUUCCAUUGUCACAUUCUAUUCAUUGCCUUUAUUUUACAUUUAAUGCAGUGAACUCCACAUAUACAACUAAAGGAAAGUUAAUAAAUAUAUACCGGG